AGUUCGGAGCUCGCGAGGGGUAGCCCGUGUUUGCUUUCCUCCCUGUGGCCGCCGAGCAGAGGAGCGCCGUGGCGCGCUGCCAGACGGCGCGGCUCCCGAGGAGGGCGAGGGUUCAUUCACCUGGCGGCUCCCGCAACCGGGCAGGGUGGAGGGCUGGAGGGCGGGACGAAGGGAGCUGGACGCGGCGAGGAAGGGAAGGCGCGAUCAUGGCGAGACGAGCGGCCGAGAGGAAGGACUAGGCGUCGGCGUCCGGAGGGGCCUUCCUGCGGCAGGAGGGGAGGGGGCGUCGGGCGGGCCGGGCGAUGGCCUGGCGCUGCUGGCGGGGCUUGAUUUGCAGCUGCCUCCUCUGGUCAGUACAUGGCAUUGUACCUGAGCCUCAAAAUGUGAGAGUUCAUUCAGUUACUUUUAACAGCAGUCUCCAGUGGGAUGCUCUUACUUUUCAUAAAGCAAAUGUAACUUAUACAGUCCAGUAUAAAAAGCAUUCUGGUGAAUUCGCUGAUCUGUGCACAAGAAUUGCUUUCACAGAGUGCAGCAUGUCAAGUAUACCUCUACAUGGUAAUUAUACAGUAAGAGUCCGAACUGAAUCUGAGAUGGGGCAGUCAAACUGGAAAAGCAUCACCUUCACUCCAAUAAAUACAAUCAUUGGACCUCCUGAAGUACAUGUUAAACCAGGACCUAGGGUUUUGUAUAUAGAAGUCGAAGGUCCUUUUUUUCAGAGCGAUGCUCGUUGGUCCAUACAGCAUUUUUACAAUAAUGUGGUUUACAACAUGGUAAUCUGGAAGAAAGGCUAUGAUGAACAGAUGAAUGUUGUGAAUAUACAGUAUGAUUCAGAAAAGCUGUCAAACCUGGAUCCGUGGACAACAUAUUGCAUUCAGGUUCGAGCAUUUCUUCCUGAAUCAAAUACAACAGGACAGUGGAGCAAAAUAUCCUGUGUUGCAACAACUAACAAUGGUGUAAAUUCAGUGCUGCUGCCUGUUGGACUACUAUUAGGGAUAAUAGUAUUUUUUAUCUGCUGCUGGAUAUUUUUAUAUGUGUACCAACCGGUCAAAUACAUAUUCCAUCCUUCAUAUUCUUUGCCACAGCAUUUCAAAGAGUUUUUAAGCAAGCCUUUUUACAGUUCACAGUCUCUUCAAUCAAAAGAAGAUUAUUCCUAUGAGAAGAUAACUAUUGUUUCAGAGAUCUCAAAAAAUGGUACUGAUGAAUCUAUGGAGGAACUAAACAAUGCAAAGAAGCAGCUUCAAAACUCCAGAGAGAUUUCUGAGGCCAAAAAAGUUUCAGACAGUCCACUUCUGUCCACUGUUCAUAUUGAAUGGUGCAAUGCACAGCAUUCUAAAGAAAUUUUACAAAGCUUCAGUUAAUAGUUUGCAUAUUACCAAUCCUAAAAUUGUGAUUUUCCAAAGUUUUAUCAAAACUUACAUUUAUUCAGCUAUAAGCUUUUGUAUAUAACAGCUCUGCAAUUUAAAGGUUUAUUUUUAUAGCAGUGAAGCACUUGUUUUACAGCAAAAUGUAGCCAAAUAUUUAUUAAGCAGAUUGCACCCUGCAUGAUUGACAUGAAAAUUUCAGAGUUUUUUUAAAGAACUAAGUUGUGCUUUCUACAUAACAGUUCAGAUUUAUUUUUAUGAGUAUUAUGUUGUCUAAAAAAAGAUUUAUGUGCUCUGAUCCACAUUUGUUUUAAAGUUCAUGCUAUGUGUUUCAAUUAAAUACAUAGUGUAAAGUUUGGAGGAGCACAUGGUUUGAAGCAGCUAAAGAUGCCCAACUGUAAAAACAGGCUUGUGUUUGCUCACUGGAAUAGGAAUAGUGAGCAUGUCUAACUGCAUGGGUCUACAGUGCAUUGCUUUUAGUAGAAUGUGUAUUUGAAGGGAAAUCUCUGCCCACAUUGUGGACCAACUAAUUGUGUGUAAAAACCAUUUUAAAGCGUGAAUAAAACUGUGACAUGAUGUCUGUGACAUGAUGAUCCAACUGGAUCUGUACAUGCUGCUUCUGCAUGAAGGUAAAGAUAGUUAAAUUCAUCUUAAUCUGUAUGAGGAACCAUGUACACAAAUGAGUGCACCAAAGUCCCGUCUAAGAGCUGGAAAGAAGGAAGGAUACUUCAGCCUUCUGGUACUCUCUCUCACUCUUCUGAACAGAUCAUUUGGACAGCUCCUAGAGCUAAAGCUCCAAUAUUGUCUAUUCAACCCAGUACAGUUGAGAAACAGCCUAAUGCUUCUUACACCUGCAGAGUUUAGCGAAAGUUAGUUUUGACUAAAUCCCAUUCUGCUUUCAGGAGAAUUUACUCAGGAUUUCCUUCUGCGUUUAUACUACUCAGAAAGAGUUUCAAUUUAUCUAAUGGAAUUUAUUUGGGAAGAGGGGCUGUUCAACAGAAGCCCCAUCUUGAGUUCUUGCAGGAUUCUACCCAUAGGCCUCAAACAUUGUUCUGGAGUUAAUUUAGGCCCAUUAUGCAUUGACGUGAUUCCCUCUUCAAGCAGCCUUUUUAUUUGGAUCAGAUUUUUAAUUAUGCAGCUGCUUCAAUAUAUGGUUCAGGUUAAAUUUUCCCUCAUGCAACUGCUCUGAAGUUACCACGCUUUUUUAAGGGGUGGAGAAAACCUGACCUUUUUUCCACUUUGCAGGGAAGGCAAAGUAAAUGUAUGUGCAAUGCCUCCUUCAGAUUUUUUCCUCCUCCCCUUUAUUCCUUUCCACACCCAUAAAAGUGUCCUCCUAUACUUGUAUCAUCCAGCACUCCUCCCACUUUUCCAACACCACCAGUCCUGCUGGCAGAAUGGUUCAAGUCUUUGCUAGGUUUCCCUAUGCUUGUUUGUAACUAAUACAGUUUCCCAGCAGAAAAAGUUCCAUUAUUGUGGCAUCCAGGGAAGGUGUUUUUGCUGCCUUCUUCAUCCAUACCAAAGAAUCAAUUAAAGUGUUAACUUUGAAAUAAAUGGAAAUCUAAAA